AACGUCAAGGACUGCUUACUGUCGUUACCUGCUCGUCAUUACAAAGCUAAAGUGCUGCAUAUGUGACUCGGGAACUUAAACGUUAUCGUAUUUUUUUAUUUUAUUAUUUCAAAGCUUUUAGUACCGUUGUCAGUUUUUUUCAGAAGAACAGUCAAGCGCAGCUUUUUUUUUCCCCCAGCAGAGCGGGCGGAAUACGACAGCGGAAGAACUUGGUCACAGUGCAGCGUUUUUGAGGUUAGUUAGCCGUGUCAAGAUUAGCAGGCUCUGCUGUCAUGCCGAAAUCUCCUCAAGAUUUCCACUUUUAGCUGUUCAGCACUUCACCAAGCGAGCAGAAGGCCACAGUUGGAAGUGUGAAAUUAAUCUUCCAUUUUCUUGGGCCGCUGGAGCUCCUUACGUACACGCGCACGUAAGCGUCAAGUAAGGAAUGAGAGGUAGUAUGUCUCGCGCUAUGGUUGUGGAACUAUAGCUCGAGUCAGAAGAUUUGUACAUUCAAAUUCAGCUCACAAGGAGUGUCCACCUUUCUCUUUGCAACAUCUGCCAAGACUGCUGCAAUGCUGACAGAUAACAGGAAGCGCCACCGGAGCAGUGACAGUGAGGAGAAUCAACAGCUGAGUCCUCAGGCCAAAAGGUCAGGGGGGGAUCCCUGCCUACUUGUAUCUGAUUUGGACUCUGAGUCUUCAAGCAGUGACAGCAGCAGUGGCGUCUGCAGUACGGAGAGACCGAUGGUGGUCACGAGCAGGCCGUGCAUCCACAGCCAGAGCAACCGCAUCCCCCAGUACUCCCCCAGCAGCAAGCCGAAGGACUCGGCAAUCUCAGCGCAGCACGGUUUCCAUGGCGAUGGCAGCACUUUCUCUUACGACUCCAUCAACAGAGUCCUGAGGGAGGCGCACUUCAGCAGUCUACAGACGAGAGGGGGCCCGGGUUCGACAUGACCGACAACAUCGGUGACCCCGUUUUCACAUCUCUCGCCCAAUUUGAACGGAACCGCCCUGGUCCAAACGGGUGAGGGGGGUGAGUGAAGUGUGGGGAUGUUUACAUAUUAUGGGCUGUAAGGCUCAUUCCCACCCCUGCCAUAUACCAUUCGUGAAGACCAUACGCACAUUUGCCUUUUCAUGGCCCAGCCACUGUGGUUUACUGUGCAGUAUUGAUAUGCGUGUGUGUGCACGCGCCCUGUGCACUUUAUAAAGAGGUAUAAUUCUCUUGACAUGCGUGCAUUGAUGUGUGUUCAUUGGUGCUAAUCACAAGAGAAGUGGGAUCCAAAGU